UCCCGGUCCCUCAUCGCUGCCAUGGGCCCGGCCACGCUCCCGGCCCCCCGCGUGCUCGGCUGCUUUGUGCUGGUGCUGCUGCUGCUCCUGGGCGGCUCGGGCAGCCCCGGGACAACGCCGCCGCCCCGGGCGCCCUGGGCAGAGGAGCAGGGAGCCGUCCCGGAGGGGGCACCGUGGGGCAGGGUGAGGUACGAAGCCGUGAAGAAGCAUCUGGGAGCUCUCUCCAAGCACUACUGGCAGUACCUGGCGUGCAAGGUGUGGCAGGAGGGCUGCGAGGAGGAGGAGAAACAGCAAGGAGAACGAGAGGCCAGUCCCAUCCCGGGCUGGGGCUUUCCUCUGGUGGGCCAGGAUUACCUGGAGAUCCUCUCUGCCUGGUACUGUAGCUUCGGCAAGUGCUGUGAGACAGGAGACUGCAGGAUCAUCAACAACAUCACAGGGCUGGAGGCAGAGCUCAAUGGGCAGCUGCACGGGCAGCACCUGGCCAAGGCCGUGGUGCUGCGGGCGGUGCAGGGCUUCCUGCAGAGCCCACGGCCCCCCAAGGCUCUGGUGCUGUCCUUCCAUGGCUGGUCUGGCACGGGGAAGAACUUUGUGGCUCGCAUGGUGGCCGCUCACCUGUUCCGGGACGGGCUGAGGAGUGACUGUGUCAGGGUGUUCGUGUCCCUGCUCCACUUCCCACACCACAACUACGUGGACUCCUACAAGGCCCAGCUGCAGAGGCAGAUCAGCGAGACCCUGCAGCGCUGCAGGCAGGCCCUGCUCAUCUUCGACGAGGCCGAGAAGCUGCACUCCAACCUCCUGGAUGCCAUCACACCCUUCAUGGCUCAGCACACCAACAAGGGCCAGGCAGAUCAGCAGAGAUCCAUCUUCCUCUUCCUCAGCAAUCUUGGUGGCAACACCAUCAAUGAGGUGGCCCUGGACUUCUGGCGGGCCGGGCGGGCGCGGGAGGAGAUUCCCCUGGAGCUGCUGGAGCAGCGGCUGCGCCUGGAGCUGCAGGAGGCUGCAGAGAACAGCUACGCCCACAGGCAGCUCCUCAGGGAGAAGCUGAUCGAUUUCGUGGUGCCGUUCCUGCCCCUGGAGUACCAGCACGUGAGGCUCUGUGCACGGGACGCCUUCCUGGCCCGGGGCCUUCCCUACACCGAGGCAACGCUCGACCAGGUGGCCCAGAUGAUGGUGUUUGUCCCCAAAGAGGAGAAGCUUUUCUCUGCACAGGGCUGCAAAUCUGUGCCCCAACGCAUCAAUUAUUUCCUUCCUUGAACACCAGGGGGACCAGAAGUGUGCUGAAAGGGUUCUGCACUCCGGGAGCUGCUGCUCUCUUUGCACAGGGUCAGAGGCAAUGACCCAGCCAGGCACUUGCACAGGGGCUUAACAGAGACUCAAGUCCCCCAGAGCUGUUGCAGGGAAAGAGGUGCAUCCCUUACUCCUGGGAUGUGGGGACAGCCUGUGCUUGGCUGCUUUGGGAGCCUGUCUGCUGUUUUAAGUCCCUUCUUUAGCUGGAGGGGUGAUGUGGUUCUGCUGACAGAUGCUGUUCCACGUGAGUGGGGACUGGGAAUGUCCAAGUCCUUGUUUUGUUGCUGUGUGGUGAAGGGAGGCCUUGGACAGGCUGGUCCUGUUGAGACAUUGUGGCCCAAGCCACAUCCCUGUCCCCAAUUUUCUCUGUCAUUUUCCAACAUCACACAGAACUGCUUUGCUGGAGUUGAGUUUUUCCCCUCUGUUGCUCUCAUGCCUUUCUAAGGUGUCUGCUGCUCAGGGACACAUGUGCCAGGACUGUAGUCUGUGCAGGGAAAAAAGGACUGAAUAAUCUCCUCUGGAGAUGCCAAAUCCAUAGCUCUCACCUUGGAGUGUCCACCUCCCAUUGGAGUCUUCCGUUGUACAGAAGCAGCUGCUGGGUGAGUGGAACUUCUGCUGCAGUUAUUGUACUGAGCAGGUUGGUGCAGAGCCCAUUGCCUUCACUGCAGAGCCAAAAAGGGGAGAGAACUGCUCUGCCCAAGGGCAGAGGGCAGGUGAGGAGGAUGGUGGCUGAAGCAUCAGGCUGCAGCUGCAUGUGAGUUUUCAUGGAUGCAGUAAAAGCUUGGGGUUUUUUCCUUCUUUUUUUCGUUUUUGUCUUCAGUACAUUUCAUGCUGUGGCUUUUUGGCUGGUACAGUAUUAUUAUUAUUAUUAUUAUUAUUAUUUUUAUUAUUAUUAUUAUUACUACUCCAAGGGGCUGUUUGCUGUCUGGGUACUGGCCAGGUGAUAAGAGUGUUGCAGCAGCUCCAAAACAUUUCAUCAGUGUUACGGGAAUCGCUCUGUGACCUCUGGGUCAAAACUCCCUUCCAACAGGGCUGUGCUGGCCAGGAGUGACACAGCCCCUGCCA